GUCGGAAUAAAUUAUCAACCACCGACUGUGGUGCCAGGUGGAGAUUUGGCGAAGGUACCAAGAGCCGUAUGUAUGCUCUCGAAUACGACCGCCAUCGCUGAAGCGUGGGCUCGACUUGACCAUAAAUUCGACUUGAUGUACGCGAAAAGGGCAUUUGUGCAUUGGUAUGUCGGCGAAGGAAUGGAGGAAGGAGAGUUUUCCGAGGCACGUGAGGAUCUUGCAGCACUGGAGAAGGACUAUGAAGAGGUAAUGAUGGAGCAGAGAAAACUAAUUCAACGAGAAGUAAAGUUUAUGGACCCAGAUCUAUUAUUGCUCGUACUGAGAAUACGCGCGAAACGCAACUUGAAGCCCCGCCCACUUUCUCAUGCUACCAUAUCGUGUGAGACCUGUAUCGAACAUUACUACAACUUUAUGUUUUUGCCGCCGAUAACUGGAGGAGGGGCGUCUGUUUUAUACGUUGGUGUGGACUCUUUGGAGGACAACGGUGAAGAAGGAGAUGAGUACUAA